UGGACACUUAAUUUUCAUCGUAUGUAUCCUUCUCGGUAGUCCCCUUACUCUGGGCAGGAUUCAUGGAAAAAUCCCAAAUGGUCUUUGAACUCUUCCCCCGCGUCGAUGUAGCCGACCCUGGUGGCUCCCUCCUUUUUGUUCCAUCCCCGACCCCCGCGCCUGCUCCAACCUCCGGGCCCGUCUACCUUGCCCCUACUCUCCGCCUUUCUACCAGCCUUGGCGUGGAUAACCUGGACACACGGAAAGAAGAAAAAUCAUCUCGUCUCGUGAAGACUGUCACGCGCGUACACGCGAUCCUCGCUACGUUCCUGCAACGUAUUCGGCUUCCUUGGCGUCGAUUUCUCGGCGUGCCUCGGUAUCGGAGUUUCCUGGAUUUCUGGACGCGUCCUUGUUAUAGGGGAAGGGAGAGAGAGAGCGAGAGGGAGAGAGUCGAGCUUCCUCGCAUGUAAACGCGGCGUCGCUUCCUGGCGAAAAUGAGUGCGCAAUUAACGGAGAAAACCGUGAACCUGGUGAAAAGCCACGAUAGCGUGGUUGACAGUGGAAUCGAGGACUCACAGAUGACCGGCAAUAACGAUUGGCAGCAUGCACAGAAUUUACUGGUCGUCACCCAGGAUUCUCAGGGCAAAGAAAUGAUAGCUCUCGCGGAUGAACAAACGAUCAACUUCGUCCUGGACUCAUAUUGGUUGUUGGAGCUCGCUCAUAGAGAAUACCAGGCUGGGGAUUACGAGAAUGCCGAGAGACACUGUAUGCAACUAUGGAGGCAAGAGACGAACAACACCGGAGUUCUGCUACUCUUAUCGUCGAUACACUUUCAGUGUCGUAGGCUUGAAAAGUCGGCACAAUAUAGUACAUUAGCCAUCAAACAGAAUCCUCUACUAGCAGAGGCUUACAGCAAUUUAGGGAAUGUCUACAAGGAGCGUGGUCAACUGCAAGAGGCGCUUGAGAACUACAGACACGCUGUUAGAUUAAAACCUGACUUCAUCGAUGGUUACAUCAAUUUAGCUGCAGGUCUGGUAGCAGCAGGCGAUAUGGAACAAGCGGUGCAAGCAUAUGUCACCGCUCUGCAGUACAACCCUGAUCUCUAUUGUGUGCGGAGCGAUCUUGGUAAUCUUUUGAAAGCAUUAGCAAGACUCGACGAGGCCAAGGCAUGCUAUCUAAAGGCGAUCGAGACCCGCCCAGACUUUGCGGUGGCCUGGAGCAACCUGGGAUGCGUCUUCAACGCCCAGGGAGAGAUAUGGCUGGCGAUUCACCACUUCGAGAAGGCGGUCGCCUUGGAUCCGAAUUUCCUCGACGCUUACAUCAAUCUAGGCAACGUCCUGAAGGAGGCGCGCAUCUUCGACAGAGCCGUAGCUGCGUAUCUGCGUGCUUUAAAUCUAAGCCCCAACAAUGCGGUCGUUCACGGGAAUCUGGCUUGCGUUUACUAUGAGCAAGGACUCAUCGACUUGGCGAUCGACACCUACCGCCGCGCGAUCGAACUACAGCCCAACUUCCCGGAUGCGUACUGCAACCUGGCGAACGCGCUCAAGGAAAAGGGUCAGGUGGUCGAAGCUGAGGAAUGCUACAAUACUGCCUUACGUCUGUGUCCGACACACGCAGACUCCCUUAACAAUUUGGCCAACAUAAAACGAGAACAGGGUUACAUUGAAGAAGCCACCAGGCUGUACUUGAAGGCACUGGAGGUGUUCCCGGAAUUCGCGGCGGCCCACAGCAACUUGGCCUCGGUUCUUCAGCAACAAGGGAAGCUCAACGAAGCCCUGAUGCACUACAAGGAGGCCAUCCGCAUUCAGCCAACUUUCGCGGAUGCUUACUCGAACAUGGGCAACACCCUCAAAGAGAUGCAAGAUAUCCAGGGGGCCCUUCAAUGUUACACUCGAGCGAUUCAGAUCAACCCGGCGUUCGCCGAUGCCCAUUCGAAUCUCGCCUCGAUCCACAAAGACUCCGGGAACAUUCCCGAGGCGAUCCAGUCCUACAGGACCGCCCUGAAGUUGAAGCCGGACUUCCCGGACGCGUACUGCAACCUGGCACACUGUCUGCAGAUCGUGUGCGACUGGACCGACUACGAGGCCCGGAUGAAGAAGUUGGUCUCCAUCGUUGCCGAGCAGCUCGACAAGAACAGGCUUCCCAGCGUGCAUCCUCAUCAUUCCAUGCUCUACCCCUUGUCCCACGAGUUCAGGAAAGCCAUUGCCGCGAGACACGCCAAUCUGUGCAUCGAGAAGAUUCACGUGCUGCACAAGCAGCCCUACAAGUAUCCACGCGAGAUAGCCACCAGGUUGAAGAUCGGCUACGUUUCCUCCGAUUUCGGGAACCAUCCGACGAGUCAUCUGAUGCAGUCCAUUCCGGGGCUUCACGAGAAACAGAACGUCGAGAUAUUCUGCUAUGCCCUGAGCUCGGACGACGGCACGACCUUCCGGGCUAAGAUCGCUCGGGAGUCCGAGCACUUCGUGGACCUCUCCCAGAUACCGUGUAACGGGAAGGCUGCCGAUCGUAUCAACGCCGAUGGUAUCCACAUCCUCGUCAACAUGAACGGCUACACGAAGGGAGCCAGAAACGAAAUCUUCGCGUUGAGACCGGCGCCGAUCCAGGUUAUGUGGCUCGGCUAUCCGGGAACGUCCGGGGCGAGCUUCAUGGACUACCUCAUCACCGACGAGGUCACCUCGCCUCUGGAGCUGGCCAGUCAGUACAGCGAGAAGCUCGCCUACAUGCCUCAUACUUACUUCAUCGGAGACCACAGACAAAUGUUCCCCCAUCUUAAGGAGAGACUGAUAUUAACCGACAAGCUGAACUUGAAGGGCAAGGUGGCCGACAACGUCGCAGUCAUCAACGCCACCGAUCUCUCGCCGAUGAUCGAAAACACCCUCGUGAAAGAGAUUCGCGAGGUCGUGGUCCCGGACGCAAAAAACAACAAGCCCGUGGAGAUCUCGCUGAAGGUUGCCGAGCUGCCCACCACCACGCCGAUAGAGACGAUGAUCGCAUCCGGCCAGUGUCAGAUGUCGGUCAACGGAGUGGUCGUACAAAACGGUAUGGCUACCACGCAGGUGAACAACAAAACCGCCACGGGAGAAGAAGUGCCUCAGAACAUCGUGAUCACGACGAGACAGCAGUACGGCCUGCCCGAGGACGCCGUGGUCUACUGCAAUUUCAAUCAACUGUAUAAAAUCGACCCCCUCACUCUCCAUAUGUGGGCAUAUAUUCUCAAACACGUUCCCAACGCGGUGCUGUGGUUGCUGCGAUUCCCUGCGGUCGGCGAGCCGAACCUCCAGGCGACCGCUCAGCAGUUGGGGCUAGCUCCUGGUAGAAUUUUGUUUAGCAACGUGGCCGCAAAGGAGGAGCACGUUAGACGCGGCCAGCUGGCCGACGUAUGUUUGGAUACUCCACUUUGUAACGGGCACACCACCAGCAUGGACGUCCUUUGGACGGGGACGCCGGUGGUCACCCUGCCCGGAGAAACUUUGGCUUCUCGGGUCGCCGCUAGUCAGCUCAACACUUUGGGCUGCCCGGAACUGGUUGCACGCACGCGACAAGAGUACCAGGAAAUCGCAAUUCGAUUGGGCACCGAUCGGGAGUACUUGAAGGCGACGCGCGCCAAGGUUUGGAAGGCUCGCUCGGACAGUCCGCUGUUCAAUUGCAAGAUGUACGCAAUGGGCAUGGAGAUGCUGUACCAAAAGAUGUGGGAACGCUACGCUAGGGGCGAGAAGCCCGACCACGUAGCCGCGAUCGAGCAGUCCGAAAGCUCCAAACUUAACUCGACGUCCUAAACUCUGCGCACAAGUCCUACGAUUCUAAAUGCUUGUAUCCACGGACUUCGCCAGGACCCGCCUAGGAGGAAGUCUCGGCGAGGUCCACUCACGGCUACCGCUACUACUACUAUUUUUGCCGAAUGAUAAUUUCCUCUCUUUGAAAUUUACGAUGCGCCGUCUACCGUACCGGCGGCGGUUUUGUAUGAUAGUUCGACGAGCCUAGGUUAGGAUUAGACCGUUGAUUUACGAACGCGCCAGAGGCCGACUAAGACUCACGAUUUAAAUACGACGGUCCUAGGCCGACUGUCCGAAGAUUUCUCACGACUAGGGCGGAACUGCAAUUUGGAUGCGUUGGAAUCUUUGGAAGGUAACGCGUCGACGUGACCAUCGGAAGACAAGAUGGCCGUAACCUAGACGAGGGGCCGCCAUGUUGACUCAGGUGCCAAAAUGGCGACGCUCGGGUGGGUACGCGCGGCAACAGCCGUUUACGGAUCGCCUUUAUUUAUUUAACAAUUUUCUAAGGAGACGUUUAUUUUUCGCUUAUCCUAUUCCGUUACGACGCUCACGGGCUGUUCGCCGCUGUUUACCGUUGUUUAAAGUUCGUAGAUGGUUACGGCAGGUGGAGGUACUCGAAGGUUGGGGCCGCGACCGCGGAUCGAGCCGAAGUCACCUAGGAUUGCUUCCGAGCUCCGAUCCGACUUUGUUUUAACCCUCGAACGCGUCGCCUUAGCCAGCGGAGCACGUAUGCAUUCGAUAUUAACGUUAGGUUAUCUCUACGAGGAACACGUAACGCUAUUAAUUUCCGUACAGAAGCAUGGCAAUUAAUGCUGCGGGGAUCGGCAGCGUCGACCACGGCCACGUCCGAGACCCUGCAGCCCUAAGGCGAGUUACUGCGAUUGUAUGAUAUAUCAAAUGUCUAUUAACAUACCAAACUUGUACAUAAUUUAAUUGUAAUUACUAUUAGUUAUUUUAAUUUCAUAGUUUAGAGCGCGUAUUGAGAUCGAAAGUGUGCGAGGGACUGAUACGUAUAGAUCGUAGAUACCGAUGUGAACUUAGAAAAUAAAAGACGUAUGAAAACGUUUGUGCAACCUG